UUGAAAUUGUUAAAAACUUCCAAAUUCUUUUUUUGAGGUUAUAUCUAAUACAACAAAAAUAUAUAUGUACUUUAAACAAAUUAAAUUUAACUUUCUUAUUUUGCUGCAGUACUAAAAAUUAAAUCCACAAUAAUUCCUCACAAUAAUAUCGCAAUAAAAAACAAUAAAAAAUGAAAUCACAAUAAAAACUUAUUUUGAUAACACACCACAAACAAUGCUGUCGCCAUUAUAAAAUGUGUGAUUGCCGAUACGGGUGGUUGUGCAUCAUUAAUUGCGUGCGUAUUAAGUGCAGUUCACUGCACACGCAUUCACAGCAUUCGCACUGUGGAUGGUAAAAUGCGUAUGGAUUGACUCUUCUAGCGAGUCGCACUUGUGAACGGAACAUGCUUAUCAUUUUGUAUCACAGGCGCUUACGAAAUGCAGUUCACAACACUCGCAUUAUUACCAGCGUCACAGACGAUAGUAAGAUGCGUAUAUGAACCGACUCAUCUGGUAAGUCGCAGUUAGUGCAAGAAACAUGCGUUUAAAUGCGACGCACGAUUGUUAUCUGGGUUGUGACUUAGACACUUUGCUCUACGGAGAGAACUUUACCGAAAAACUAAAAGCAGCGAAAAGUGCAGAGAAAUCCGGCAAAGAAAUCGCAAAGCCACCACCCAAAGCACCAACCGAGAGGAAAAGGAUAUAUCCAAAGGAAGCUUAUCCUCGUCCUUUAAACUACAAAGGUCCCCCCAAAAGGAGCUACAAGGAUACUCGCCAGGGAGGACAGCAGAAGGACCAGCGGAAUCGCCCUUUCGAGAAACCUCGACGUUAGAUCAAGGAGACGCAUCCACUGGCGACCAAGCUUACCCUGCACGGAGAGAAAAAUCAAGCGUUUGUAGUAAGACAUGCCCUACUAAAAAUAAAAUCACAAAACGACAGAAAUUUAGUCAGAAUCUCUGAUGAUUUUAGGCUGCAUUUGUUACGAUUGCAGCCAGAGAACUUCAGGCUUGAGUCAUAUUUAAUCAGAAAGCUUCAAAAGUAGUCAGGUUUUUUAUACAAAGUCGACACCCUUUUUUACCUGGAAAAAGGUCAACUGACCGUCAUAAAAUUGAAGGGAAAUCUUUUUAUUUGUUUAUAUUCAUAUUUAUUUAAACAUUAUACUUGUUUUUCAUCGACUUAGAAUUCAUCCAACAAUAUGCUCUUAUUAUGUAUGCAAUAUAUCCUUUAGAACUUAAAUUCAAAAAUGAUAUCUUUUUUUAUUUAUCAAUUACGGUUUUCGAGAUACGUUACAGUUUUCUUAAAAAAAUGUUUUUUAUAAUAAAUUUUAGAUAUUUGUAAUUGUGGAGAUUUCUAGAUUUUGAAUUUAUAUUCAUUUUACUUGAAAUUUUAAAAAUGCAAAACUUUUGAGCAAUAAAAAUUAGGUUAGAAACCCGAAACUCGUAACAAUAGACCCGCGAUUCUAUUGAGAAAAAAGGGCUACGCACAAAUUUCAAGUUUUAACGAUACUUUACAUUUACCGACUAUAUUUCGGUGAGAGGCUGUAAAUAAAAAAAAAGAUUUCAAUGCUCAAUAAUCGCAAUCCAUAAACAUCAGGAUUCAACAGGAGCAUAAAAAAUCCUUUAGUCAGAAUUAACCAAAAGCUUCAGGAAACGUCAAAGUAGUCACAAAACAUCAAAAUUUCUGACGUUUUCUCUUUAUUCCUGAUUUUAUUUUUAGCAGGGUGGUCUAUACUUAAAAAGCACGGCGCUGUUUAUACUCGAUUUGUAGAAAUCUAUGCUAAAAGAGUAGGGACCUAUACUCUUUUAGUAGAGACCUAUACUCUUUUAGCAUAGAUUUCUACAAAUCGAGUAUAAACAGCGCCGUGCUUUUUAAGUAUAGACCAUGUCUUACUACAAACGCUUGAUUUUUCUCUCCGUGUGGUAGCAGGUCUUUUAUCAGGGAAGCUUUUCUAGCUCAAGGAAUGCCAGAGGCUUCAAUCCCGGUUACACUACAGUCAUUAUCAGACAGCACCAUUAAGCAGUAUAACAAACCAUUAAGGCUGUGGUGGAACCACUGCAAAUCCAAGGGAAUAUCGAUGUUUGAAGCCCCUGUUCCAGAAGUUUUAAGUUUUUUAUCGUCAACAGCAGAAUCAAUAAAAACUUACGGAACACUAAAUAGUUACCGCUCGGCCGUAUCACUAGUGUUGAAGUAUGACCUUGGUAAUAAUACCAUGGUCAAAAGAUUUUGCAAAGGAUUUUCUGUCGCCAAGCCUUCACGUGCCAAAUACAAUGACAUAUGGGAUCCCGACAACGUCUUGCGAUACCUAGACGAACUCGGUCCUAACGACCAAUUAGACUUAAAAAUUAUAACUAAAAAACUUUUAACAUUACUUUCAUUAUCAACCGCUCAACGACUACAGACCUUAGUAAAAAUAAAUAUUCAAAAUAUAAAGAAUUGUGACAACGAACUAAAAAUUUACAUUCCAGAUAAAAUCAAAACGUCCAAAGUAGGUAAGGAACAACCAAUGUUACGUUUUCCAUACCUACAUGAGCAGCCGAAUCUCUGCGUGGCCACCCUGAUAAAAAUUUAUUUAGAGAAAACGAAAACAAUUAGAGAAACAGGCGUGGAUUCAUUAUUAUUUACUUUUAAAAAGCCGCAUCAUCCGGCAACCGCUCAAACAGCCAGUCGUUGGCUGAAAGAAGUUAUGAGCAAAAGCGGAAUCGAUGUUACCGCGUUUGCAGGCUAUAGCUCAAAACAUGCCGCCGUUUCGGCAGCUAAACGCAAGGGUCUAGAUAUAGAGAGCAUUAGGCUUGCAGCGGGUUGGUCCAAAACCUCAAAUGUAUUUGGAAAAUUUUAUAAUCGCCCUCUCCGCGAAAAAUGUACGUUUGCAAAAACUAUUCUAAAUUAUAAAAAAUAAA